AUCAUUUCAACAAUUAAAUAGAAAUUUUAUUUUCAGAUUUUAAUAAAAAAUACAGAAUAAUUAAAAAAAUUUGAAAUAAAAAGAAAAAAAUUCGAAAAACUCACUUAUAUAGGUAGAUUAGAAACCAAAAAACUUGCAAAUGCUCAGAUCAAGCCCAAAUCAACAGCUAAACAUAGCAGAUCUGCAAAUAUGGUAUAUGCUUAAACUGUCGAACAAAAAAAAAAUUGUUAGGCUGCAGAAAAAAAAAAAAAAACAUCAGCAAGAUCGCCGGCCUAAAACCGACUGAAAAGAGUUAUAUACCUCGGUCGCUGGCCAGAGAUUGGAGGAGGAGAAGCUUGCAGCGGAGAGGAAGAAAAAGAAAGAAAAAACAGAGGAAAAUUCCAGAUCAAAUGCAGAAUGGGGGGGGGACGGCCGAGACACGGGGAAGAAGGCUGCAUGCAACCUUAUACAGACCGAUCCCGGUCUGAAAAACAUUGCAGGUGGGCCCCAGAGUCCAAUCAACUCAGAGAUUCCCUAACCCAAUUUUCAGACCGAUACCGCCUUGUGCAUUUGUGGGACCCGUCUCACGAGUGCACGGCGUCUGUCGCGUCUCGAAAUUGGGUUUUGGGGCGUGACAGAUUUAGUGGAUUUGUUUUGGACUUGGCUAGCCAGUGGAUUGUAGACCCGUGGUGAGACGAGUGAUGGGGUUAUAUAAGGGACAAUUCUGAUUCAUGUUGCCUGAAUUUUCUCAUCCAUUUCGAUGAGAUGGUGAUCUGAUUGUUCUUGUUUCCUGCCUUUAUACUCUGUGUGAAGUUGUGAAAGUAAUCUUGCUCGUUAUGUCCUGAAGACCUUGUUUUGAAACUUGGUCAUUUCUGAUAGUCUGCACUUGUUUAGACUUGUCACGUGAAUAGAAUUUUCGUAUGCUCUUUUGCCACAAUGUUGAAAUCUGGGGAGUUGUAAAAAUCUUUUGUUAUUGAUCUUGUUGGUCUCUACAGCCUAGCUGGUUGAGAAGUUUGUUCUGUUUGUCACAUGACCAGUGGAGGAUGGGUAAACCCUCUACUUUGCAAGAGAUUCCAGGCUAUUUUAGCAAAUGUUGUGUGUUUUCUAGCUACGUUUUAGGAGCUGGAUAACUUGGUAAUUCCGUUGCUCCUUAUCUUUCUGAAAGUCUUGUAGUGAAGUUUCACUUUUUCCAUUUGGAGCUUCGUGAUUGGCAAGUUGUCAUAAAGUUAAACUCUCUAUUGCUGCCAAUCUCUACAUUCUUGAUACUUGGAAAUUGCUUGAAACUCUUGAAAUCCAUCUUGAAUCUUUCUUGAGAUUGCUUUGUACUUGUUCUUGAAACUAAAAUCCAAAAAUGGAUAAUGAUUAUUGAAAUCCUCAUUAUCUGGAUAGUUGUCUGAAAUUAAUUCUUGCACUGUUCUUGAAAUCUAUUUUGAAUUGUCCUUGGAAACGUUCUUGUUCUGACUCUGCUCUUGUUCAAAUUUUGUAUACUGCUCUUGCUUGAAUCUUGAAUAUUUUGCUAGUUCUUGUUUCAGUAUACCUGUUGAUCUUCUUGAUUCUUGGUUUUUGUUCAUAUGGACACCUCUUUAGGAGGGGUGACGAUUAUCAGAAGAUACCUAUAUGAGGUAUUCUAAAUUCUUGUCUCUUGCAAGUGUUAAUCUCUGUAUUCUUGAUGCCUUAACUUUGACUUGACUCUAGAAUGAUUUGAUUGUAAAUCUGUUUAGCCUCCAUGAGCUACAAGGUGAAGGGGUAGUCUUUGAAAUACCUGAUGUCCUAGAGUUUUGUUCCAAGUGAAAUGCCAUUGCUUUGUUCUGUUAAUUAAUUCUAGUACUUGAAGUGCUAGAUCUUGACAUUCUAAUUAUAUCUGCUCUUGAAUCCGUGUUCUGAUUGUCAUUAUUGGAAUCUCUUGUGGGCUUAAUUUUUUGAAAUUCUAUUGCUUGUUUCAUGAUUAGCUCGUCUCUCAAUUUUGACUGCUUGGUUAAAUUUGAUCUUGAUUCUUGGUGAAUGCCAUUUUGUUGUUGAAUUUUGAGGCAUUCUACCUUGCACUCUUAUGUUCCAAGCAUUCAUAUUUUCUAUUGAUUUUAUUCUGUUGCAAUUCUUGAGAGUCUUCCAUGUCUUUCGAUGGUCUUAGCUUUUAACUCUUGUUAAUUGCUAAAAUUUGUUUCUUGAUUCCAAUUGCUUUGUUAAAUAUGACCUUGCCUAUUGGUUAAUCUUGUUUUGUGGCAAAAUGUAUAAGGCAUCCAUGCACUCGUUCAUUCAUUCAUGAUCCAUAUAUCUGUUGGAUGCUUAUCCGUCUUUGAUAGAGUUCAAAGUUUUGUUGUAUUCAUCUUUAAAUCCAUGCCAUUCUUUGCCAACUUGUCUUGUGAUGGAUUAGUCGUGAUUUGAUAUCAGAGUGGCGCAGCGGAAGCGUAGUAGGCCAUGUCUGUUCAUAGAAAGUGAGUGAGGCAUUUGUUUGUCUUGGAUUGUGUGAAGCCAUUCACCACUUGAUAUGGUCCUCAAUAUGAGUUUUAGGGACAAAACUCCUUUUUAGGAGGGGUAAGUGUAAUAUCCCAAAUUUUCGGGAAUAUUGAAGUGUAAGUUAAGGACUUGAUUGUGAAAAAAGAUUGUUUUGGAGCCUAAUGUGAAUAUUUCAAAAGUUGAGGGACUUAAAGAGGGAAAGAUUUUGGAUAAGGAUGACUUCUUUUCUUUUCUCCUUUUUCUUUCUUUCUUUUCUUCUUCUUCCCCGCGUGUUCUGCUCUGUCUUCCCGCUGCAGCCGCCCGAAAAAAAAAAAAAAGGGGAACCCAGCCAUGCUUGAGAAACUAGUGAGAAAGCUUGGAGAUUUCUCCUUCCUUCUUGCUCUAGAACACACCUAGAACCCAGAAAUCUUCCCUCCCCUGCUGGAAAAGUCGGAUCUGCCUUGCUCUGCUCCUUCACCGCCGGCUGUUCUUGCCUUGUGGGGGCGAAUUGGCUUGGGUUUUUGAACCCGUGAGCUUCUUCUCCAAAUUGCCGCCGGCUUCUCUUCCCCCUGCAGCUCCGGUUUUAGCUGGAAAAUUCUGGUAUGUGGCAGCCUUAAACCAUUGUUUUUAAGCUUGAUUAAGGUAGAAUUAGCUUGAUUAGUUUGCUGCCGUGUGAUGUC